AUGGCUCUCCUUUGCUCUCUCCUUCGGUCGGACGUCGUGGAAGUGGUUGCUGGUCAUUGGGCAUUGUGCAAUCGCCUCGAUUUUGUUGUUGCUUGGUCCCAUUUCGACCCUCUUGCCUAUGAUUCGGUGCUGGUUUGCGGGAAGCUUGAGUUUCGAUUUAAAAAGGGUGAAGGUGGAAGUGAUGUGUGUGAAACGGAUGGGUUUGCUCAUAAGAAAGAGUAA